AUGUUUUCCGGCUGGUCCUAUUUUUCCAACAACUUACGUUGCAUAAACUGCGACAAUACUAUAAAGUCCAACGCUCCGUUCCUCAUCUGCCAUUAUUGUCCAAUCAAGGUUAACGUCUGCCCCGAUUGUAUUGACAUCGUUGAGCCGGUUCACAAGCAUGAUCUCGACUAUGUGAUCCUCGAUAAAGGCCUGAAAGAUUGGCCAUGCUGCGGGAGCGAAUGUGACGGCAAGAUAAUCAGAAGAAAUGUUUUUAAAUGUAAAGAUUGUCAAAAACAUUAUUGUGAAGAUUGCAUCAAAGAAAAACAAACUAAGUUGGAUGGAAGAAAAUGCGAAGAGCCUGGUUAUUAG